UGACAGCUAGCCAUAUUUUUCUUGAGCAGGCAGCGAAACAAAAACGUCAAAAAAAAAAAUUGACAAAUUACAUAAAGUGUCCAUAAAAAUCCAUCAUUAGAUCGUAAUGAAACUAACAGCAAUUUUAUGCCGUGUCCCUGUAAUCAGGUUCCGUAAAGGUAAUGGCGGGAAGCCCGCGGGCGCUGCUGCGCCCGCGGGCGGCGGUGGUGGAAGCUGUUCUUUCGGAGCUUCGCCAGCCCCAGCAUCUGCUCAACCAGUAGCUGCCAUGAGCACAUCUCCCAUACCUGAUAUAGAUCUGCCAGCUCGCUACCGAAGGGCACCUCUUUCUGAUGAAGAAAUUGCAUACAUCAAUGGCGGCGGAAUAGUGUAGUCACACUUUACCUUGUUUUGAUAGAUUUAGCCCAUGUAGAUUUUGUUAACCAUUUAGUAUUAAAUUAGGCAACUUUAUUGUGUAUUAAUUGGUGUGUUUGUGGAAAUCAUUUUAAUAGUACUAGAGACCCUCCAAAGAAAAAAAAGUAGACAAAGAACUUCCAAA